ACACCAAGGACGUGCCACCCGGCCCCAGGGUGCCCUGUACUAUCGCUGCUCUGAACCCAUCCAUUAACCUGCUCCAAACCUGCCCCUGCACGGAACAAGCCCCCAGCACCUGCCCCAAGCUGUUGAGACAGCGAGGAGCUGGUUGUGCCAUCCAUCACACAGCUGUCCUGUCCACCACAGCGUUUUCCCGUCCAUCCCUCACACUGGCACUGCUGCACUGAGUUGCCAUGGCACUGCACACCACCCUGGUGACAAGGAUGAAACUGGAGCCAGCAGAGCCAUUGUGGGAUGUGCUUUCCCAGGAACGGGCCUGGCUUUGUCCCAGCCUGUGUCACCGCCUGCCACGUUCCUGUGUCUCAGAACCCGGCUGUGCUCCAGCACUAGGUGCUAUCGUCCAUCAGCAGGAGCUGCUCCAAGCAACUCUCAUCCAUGCCUGCAGCAGAGAGCCGUGGCUUGCAGCAGUGAUGCAGCUGCAGUGGCAGGGAUGCCCUAUUUCUCUGCUCCCCGCUCUCGGCACCCUCUGCACCUGAAGAGCAAACAGCAGGUUGCUGCCCUUCCCCAUGGAUUCAGAAGAGGCUGCUGACCUGGCAGUGCCGCCCACCAUCAGCACCACCCCUGCAGCCCCCGCAGCCUCCACCAGCUGCAAGAAGAGCAGGAAGAAAAAGGAGAAGGCCGAGGCCAGGGAAGCUGCUCGGGAGGGAGGAGACGAGGCAGGGCGGGUGGAGGCCAUCAAGGGGCUAACACGAGCCGGGCAGCGGGCGCUGGCUCUGGGAGCUGGGCGGGAGGCAGUGGAGUGCUUCAGGAAGGCGCUGCUCCUCUCCAGGGACACUCUGAGCCCCCAGCUCCACAGGGCUUGUGCCUUCAACCUGGGGGCUGCCUACGUGGAGACUGGGAAGCCCAAAAAGGGCCUUGAGUUCCUCCUCCAGUCCCAGCCCUCAGAGCUGGAGAGCAGGGACCACUUGGGGAGCCUUUAUUUCAGCAUCAGGGCGGCUCACGAAGGGCUCCAGGAUUUUCCAAAGGCUCUGGAAUGUUCUGAGAGCGUGGCCGGGCGCGCCGGUGCCGCGCAGGCCGGCGGCCGAGCAGGGACGUGUGUGCAGAUGGGCUGCUGCUACCUGGGGAUGCAGGAGCCGGCCAGGGCCGCACGCUGCUUCUUGGACGCAGCACAGACCUACGCGGCGGCGGAGAGCCCUGAGGCCGCGGCCGUGGCUCUGAGCAGGGCGAGCGGCUCCAUGCUGCAGAGCCGGCGCUUCCGGGCCGCAGAGAUCGCCAGGGUGCUCGCCCGCUGCCGCUCGCUCUGCGAGACCAUCCCCGACCCGGCCCUGCGAGGGAAACUCUACAACGACAUCGGCCUCGGCUACUCCCAGCUCCACAUCUUCUCCCUGGCUGCCGAGAGCUUUGAGCGGGCCCUCGGGCUGUGCAAUGGGGAGCAGGGCCAGGAUCGGCGGCAGGAGGCUGCACUGCUGCAGAAUUUGGGGGCUGCCCACAACGCCCUGCGCAGCUUUGGCACGGCGCUGCGCUGGCACCGGCGAGCGGCCGCGCUCCACGGUGCUCUGGGGAACCGGAGAGCUCAGGGGCAGUGCUUUGGGAACCUGGCGUACGCCUGCAGCCAGCUCGGGAACCAUGGGGCUGCCGCUGAGAGCUACCUGCAUGCCCUGCAAGCCUUCCGGGACUCGGGGGACUUGCAGGGGCAGUGGCAAGCGUGUGAGGGGCUGGGUGCAGCGUGCUUCCACCUGGGAGACCCCCAGAAAGCCAUCGCGCACUAUCAGGAGGCCCUGAUUUUGCUUUCUCACUGUCAGGACAGUCCCAGAGCUGCCCACAAACGGGUCGUGCACAAGCUCACGGAUGCCAUCCAGCACCGGCUCCACCUCAGCCACGUCUCCUACCAGGGGGGCUGGGCACCCACCCCUGCCCUGGAGCCCAGCCAGCUGCAGUUUUGCUCCACAUUGCCCCGGGCCAGUAGGACACAGCUCCAGGGGAGCGAGGUGGGGAAAGCCCAGGCUGAGGACGAGAUGUAUAUGUGUAUACCAGGAACACAUCCUCGAUUUUCAGGCACAAGAGUGGCCCUGGCUGGUGGUCUAGCACUGGAGCCCUGCAACCCACAUGGUCUCCUGGGCACCUCUGGGGAGGAUGAUGAUGGUCCCAGCUCAGCUCCAGGGUAUCACAGUGAACCACAGGCUAACAGUAUGAGGACCACCCUGCACUCAGCCAAGCCACCCCAAGCUGGCCUCCAGCUACCCAAGUACCAUGUACGACCAGAACGUCGCUCCUCCAGCGAGCCCAGGCCUGAAGGGCUCACACUGCAUUCCACAGGGCACCAAAACCACCAAACCCUCCCUCCCAGGCCUCCGGAGAGCCCUGACGAUGAGCCCACGGCCGCUGCUGCCGGCUGCUGGCCCCGCCGGGGACCCCGCACGGGGACCAGGACUGUGUCCCUCGUCUGCAGCCUCGUGUGACCGGAGCUCACCGCAGAAACGCCGCCGUUUCUCGGGCCCAAACCGGGGGGAGGAGGGGGCGCUGAGCCAACACGAUUCUGACCCCGCUCCGU